AUGGCAGGUGUGAUGAAGGGAAAAGCAUGGGGCCUGGGGGUAUUGAUGAUGGUGGUGGUGUUGGGUGUGUGGGAGGUGAGGAUGGCAAGUGCAGCAGUGAGUGCUGCCAAGUGUAAGGAGGAGAGGAGGCUUGGGAUUAAUGCAUGCAAAGCAGUUGUCUACGGCAAGAGUCCGACGCCAGCGUGUUGCCAUAGGAUGAGGGUCACACACCUGGGGUGCGUGUGCUCUGUGAUUACACCUAAGUUGGCUGCCCUUGUGGAUGUCAACCGAAUGAUAGAGCUUGUUAAAGGUUGUGGAAGGAAGCUCCCUCGGCACUACAAGUGUGGGAGUAUCACCUUUCCAUAAAAAUGAAUCAAUUUCAGAACGAGGAGAUUGAGUUGCUGUUUGGACUACUGUGUGUUAUGGAGUCUACUAAACGCAUUGUUCCAGUAGAGUGAGCCACUGCCCUUUCAGAGUCAUUCAUCAUUCUGAAUCCUAUUUUGCAAUAAAUUUGAUUAAUCUUGUAAUAAUGAGACUUAUAUAUGGAAAUUCUGAACAUGAAGCACAACAACCCAAAUCAUUUGUCUGUUACUGUUUAUUAAUUAUCAAAGGAAAGUAAUGAAAAUGGUUUUGUUUUGCGUAA